UUCUUUUUCACUAUGGUUUUUUCUCUCUUAUGCCUUAAAGUCAUAAUCUCUUUAUCUCUCUAGGUAGAGUUCCCAGUUCUGCAGGAAUGAGGACAAUUAUGCUUAAGAUACUCUUGUUACAGUUUCGUCUCAGACAGUGAGGAGAACAUUUCAAAUUUCUUGAGUUCAUCCUAAGAAGUGUACAUGUUACACCAGAGCAGUUGAUCUGGCACUUAAAUAAACUGCAAUUUAAUACGUCUCAGACAGUGAGGAGAACAUUUCAAAUUUCUUGAGUUCAUCCUAAGAAGUGUACAUGUUACACCAGAGCAGUUGAUCUGGCACUUAAAUAAACUGCAAUUUAAUAAGUAAUUCAAAUGGUUUAUAUUAGCUCCCCUUGCCCAAAGGAACUAAAAAGAUUCCUUGGAAUUUACUUCAUUGGUCUAAACCAACCAAACAAACAAAAAACACCUGUUAAAGAGUUUUGAUUAUAAUAGUGUUGGAAAUAAGGGGCUGGUGGUCCAAAGACAGCCCUAUGAAAUUCUCUAUUCCAACUGCAUCAAGGUAAAGAGAGUGUGGUGGUGAGUAAGCAGUAGGUUGAAGAACUCUGGGCUGAGAGCUAACCAUCUCUUGUCUGUGAGGUUGGUGCACCGACUAUACGCUCUGCUUAGCUUCAGUUCUCAGAAUACAUCUAGGCAGAGGGCAACACCUGAACCCAGAGUUCUGUUAUGUGAAGACGCUUUGAAAAUCCUGACAAUCCCAGGCACCGAUUAAAGUGAUCAGCUAAUUAAUAAGGGGAAGUGGGGCUGGCGUUUGUGUAUUCAACAAGAGCCCACGAUCUGAUUUAAGGUCUGGGUAUGAAAAGAAGCCACUAUCUUCGUUUUUAAAAGAGAAAAAUGGGCAGAAGAGCGUGCAUUUGGGAGUGAGAAAGAAAGAAUUCUGCUUGCUCUGUUUGGCAAUAAAAGCGAUCGCAAAUCAAAGCAGACUUUCUUCAGUCACAUAGGUAAGUAAAGGGUUAUGACCAUUUCCUUUCGAAACUGAAGAGGAAAAGGGAAAUUGGCAGCUGUGCUUUGCCUGCUAUGCAACACCACCCCCCUCCCCCGCGGCGGACGCGGCGAAGUUCAGCACCUCGGAAAGCGCCCCUUCUGGCUGUGCUGGGGAUGACGCAUGCUCCUUGGGAGUCCGCAGCCUGGGCUCUGCGAGUGGGGAUAUAACUCGCGGGAACGCCGCUGACAAGUCACUGGGAGUUGACAACAGCGGAGGGACCGAGACACGAGGCAGAGAGGGCAGCAUAGAAAGACCUCCAGAGAGUCAGAGCCAGGUAGACGAAACUCUCUUCAGAAACCUCAUCUAAGCAGCUGCGGAGGAAAUCGACAAAGGUAUUUGAAAGGCAAGGGGCGGGCCCUCAAUAGCCUUCUCGAGCGGCGGGGUGGGAUGCGCUCGUGCCUAAGUGACAGCGGAAAACGCAAGGAGGAAAGUCUGAGUUUUACAGUAGGGACCCGGAGACGCCAACCUUGGCUGGACGCCGACUGCUUGCCUUAAGAACUCUGCUCCUCUGCUCUCGAAUUCCGCUCCCGCACAGACGCUGAGCGCAGCUCCCGCUCCCAAGGCCAAGCUCCGCGCGCCGAGAACGCGCCUGGAGCCCAGUUUCUAGGCGCUCUGUUCCGCGGCUGCGUUAAAAGCCUCAACGCACGCCGGGACCCCGCGAGAGUUGGUUUCCCUUAGGUCCUAUCCCUGAAAUACGACCUAGAGGCACCUGCGCAGGCAGGUGGCCACUGCAGUCGCAAUAGCCACUAUGAACAAGGCGGCUGGCGGGGACGAGCUUGCAGAACUCUUCAGUCUGAUCCCGGACCUUCUGCAGGCGGCCAACACCAGCGGCAACGCGUCUCUGCAGCUCCAGGACUUGCUGUGGGAGCUGGGGCUGGAGUUGCCGGACGGCGCGGCGCCAGGGCACCCCCCGGGCGGCGGCGGGGCAGAGACCGCGGACACCGAGGCUCGGGUGCGGAUUCUCAUCAGCGUGGUGUACUGGGUAGUCUGCGCCUUGGGGCUGACGGGCAACCUGCUGGUGCUCUACCUGAUGAAGAGUAAGCAGGGCUGGCGCAAGUCCUCCAUCAACCUCUUCGUCACCAACCUGGCGCUGACAGACUUUCAGUUUGUGCUCACCCUGCCCUUCUGGGCGGUGGAAAACGCCCUCGACUUCAAAUGGCCCUUUGGCAAGGCCAUGUGUAAGAUCGUAUCCGUAGUGACGUCCAUGAACAUGUACGCCAGCGUCUUCUUCCUCACCUCCAUGAGCGUGGCGCGCUACCACUCGGUGGCCUCGGCUCUUAAGAGUCACCGGACCCAAGGGCACGGCCGGGGUGACUGCUGCGGCCGAAGCCUGGGGGACAGCUGCUGCUUCUCAGCCAAAGUUCUGUGUGUGUUGAUCUGGGCCGCGGCCACGCUGGCCUCGCUGCCCAACGCCAUCUUCUCCACCACCAUCAAGGUGAUGGGCGAGGAGCUGUGCUUGGUGCGCUUCCCAGACAAGUUGCUGGGGCGCGACAGGCAGUUCUGGCUGGGCCUUUACCACUUGCAGAAGGUGCUGCUGGGCUUCCUGCUGCCACUGGGCGUCAUCAGCCUGUGCUAUCUGCUGCUGGUGCGCUUCAUCUCCGACCAUUGCGUGGCUGGGACCGAAGGAAGUGCCUCAGCAGCUGGGGGAGGCCUGGCCGGAGCCAGCGCCCGAAGACGCUCCAAGGUCACCAAAUCAGUGACCAUCGUGGUCCUAUCCUUCUUCCUGUGUUGGCUGCCCAACCAGGCGCUCACCACCUGGAGCAUCCUCAUCAAGUUCAACGUGGUGCCCUUCAGCCAAGAGUACUUCUUGUGCCAGGUAUACGCAUUCCCUGUGAGCGUGUGCCUGGCGCACUCCAACAGCUGUCUCAACCCCAUCCUCUACUGCCUCGUGCGCCGCGAGUUCCGCAAAGCGCUCAAGAACCUACUGUGGCGCAUCGCGUCGCCUUCUCUCACCAGCAUGCGCCCUUUCACCGCUACCACCAAGCCAGAGCCCGAGGACCCGGGGCUGCAGGCCCUGGCGCCUCUCCACCAGGCCGCGGAGCCCGACCUGCUCUACUACCCGCCGGGCGUGGUAGUCUACAGCGGGGGGCGCUACGACCUACUGCCCAGCAGCUCCGCCUACUGACGCGGGCUGAGGCUCAGAGUGCGCAGAAACUGAAACACGACCUUCCCCAGGUGGAAAAGAGGAGAGCGGAUUAGCGGAUGCUGGAGGGGCCCCCGGAUCAAGAGGUGGGAGGGACGAGGGUGGAGAAAGGCACAAAGAAGGGGGCCGGGGGACUGUUCUUCGGAGAGGGGAGGUGGAGAGAGGAAGCUGACAAAGGGGCCGAGAUCAGCCUCCGGGGGCCAAGUCACCAGCCUCAUGGAGCCAAGCCAUCAGCCUCUAGCCCCCUUCUCUCCACACACACUCCCUUCUUCUCACGCUGUCGCUGCUGGGCCGGAUGGGGCGCCCAGAAGCAGAGAAAGGCAUCAGGAAUGUAGAGCAGUUGGAGCGCGAGGAAGUGGGCCUCAGGCAAAUGGUGAGCAAUUGAGUGCGUUUAUUCCAGCGACUUUUUUGCAGCUCCUCCAAGGUGCAUCCAGAGGGGGGAGCCACCCACAAAACCUUUCCAUCGCGCCUUUCCUGCGCGGAGAGCCUAGAGUAUGGGGCAAAGAAACUUUUUCAGAGUUGGAAAAAAAGGAGUGACAAUCUUCUUCCACCCGCAGGAGAAAGGCAUCACAAGAGCCACCUCCCGCAGGGCGGACAGUUUAUCAUUUGGGACAGGGAAGAAGGGCACACUCACUCGGAGCCGACUAGACUCUGAACAGCCUUUGGGCUCACAGGUCGCAAGGACCAAAACGCUGCUUUCGAGAGGACCCUUCGCUGGGAAGCGGCGUUACUGGGAGGGAGUAGCUAGAGGACCUCUUCAGGCGAAAGGGGGCUCUCUUGGGAACCCAGCUGCAAGUGAGUGGGUCCUGCACUGGAAGCCUGGGCGGUGGGUUUCCUCUCAGAGCCCUUGGGUGCCUGGAGACGCUGCGUGGGCUCCGGUCUGCGCGCUGCAUGUGAGCUGUGCCAGCAGAAACUUGAACAGGUCUGAGAAGACACGUUGCUGGGAGUGGGGACUUUUCUACAGCCUCUCCCCCCUCGCUCUUUGGGAAUCGGGAUGCUGGUUUGAUGGAGGCUCUGGACAAGCGAGUGGAGGGGGGCUCUGCUGCAUUUUUCAUGGGCUUAAAUAGAGGAUUAAGAGAUGCUGUAGAAACAUGGUUCCUGAAAACCUAAUUCCUAAAAGCUGGAGUCUGAUCUUUCAGGAAGAGCGGGUGGGAGGGGAUUGGAAGCUCAAGUAAAAUCUGUCCUAAAGGGAAAGAGUACUGAGAGCCUGUUCUGAGGGCACCACCAGGAUUCCAGGCAGCGGGUUCCUUAUCAGCCAUAGCACUGAGGAGAGAAAGCAGGGACCCAGAAUUCCUAGAAAGGACUCUACCUUAACCAAGUUCUUUUCAAUUCUAAGGAGUGCACAGCACAUUGAUGUGCAUGAUGCGUUCUUCCUUACCUCCAGGCAGUCUGUGGGACCCUCUGAUGGGUGACACAUUUCUCAUGACAAUUCUAUUCUGGUCAGGUCAGUGGAGUCCUUUCUCGAGUCUACUCAGAAAAUGAGGAUCAAACAGCCAUCCACCCACUCAGCUGGCAGUUUUGACAGAGGUGUUACUGUUGGUCCCUUUGGCAACCUAGUCAAACCUGGCAAGGUGGGCACCUACUGGUAAAAAAAUCUUUACAGAAACAUGUCUGUUUAAAUAGCCUCUUGAAGUGGAAAUUGUAAUUUUGUUGGAAAUGCCCUGUACUGUCUGAGAUUUGAGGCUCAAGCUGUGAACUCCACAGCCUCAGCAUCCCUCAUCCUGCAUUGUGUAACACACACAGCAACAGUGUUGUUACACUCAGACCUUGCCACAAAAACAAAAGCUGCAUGAUCUCAAUCCUGAGCAGUUUUGAGAAGUUAGGUUUUUUAGAAAACAGAAUAAUGCUUUUGUUUUUCACUAGUCAAAUUUGUCUCUUCUCUUUCGAAAGAGGAUGUAUUGAUACUGAUAUUGAGUACCAAUGGGCUAAUAAAAAUUGAAAUGUAAGCCUCCAAGAUAAAAAAAAAAAAGGAACAAGUAAAUACCCACGAAGAACAAAUAGCAUGGCAGUGUAUCCAUGUGUAACACUGAGAUUAGAGGCUUAGAAGAGGCUAUUACAGGGAAUUUGCUAUUUCAGUUUAAACAAAAAAUAAUAAUAAUAAUAAUGGGUAGGUAGCCCAGGUUCUUUAGGAAAGUAUAUUGAAGUGUGUGCUUUUGCUGUGAUGGGCACUAGAAAAACAGAAGGGGCUGAGGGGCAAGGACUUCAUGAAAGAACUCCAUGAAAAAGUCACCUUGUCCCCACCCAAACCUGACGGCUUCUGAGAACAUGGCUAGAGGAGCAAAGACCAAGACUUCUGUCUACCAAAAGGACAAAAGCAUCAACGAGGAAGCAGUCCCAUCCAGUUGACAUCAGCAAUGUAUUUUUUGAAUGUUGAUUGUGUACCAAGGUCUGUGCUGAGUGCUGGCAUCACAGACACAUUCCUGACAUUUACAAGGGGACACCACCGCCCUGUACACAGGGCAAGUGAGUCAUGAGAGGGUGCGUUGAAUGUCGUAAUAAGGGCCAAAAGAAAGUGCUGUCUAUAGGACUACAGGGAUGGAAAGCUUGACUCUCCUGGGGGAUCAGAAACUUUCCUCACCAAAACAGUAUUUGAGAUGGAACUAUAAGUAUGGGUACAAUUUAGAUGGGCAGAUAUGACCACUGAGACAAGGAGUGGGGACACAGAGAGGACACCUGAAGCUGAGGACAUGCAGUGAUCAAGGGCUUUGAGGUUGGAAUGUCAGGGGCAUGGUGGGGGAAGGGAGAAGCCAAGCAACGUGACUUCCCUUUCUCCUUCAGGAUUUCCUGGGAUUUCUAUGAAGAAUGUAGGUGUCCUUGCCCCUGCUUUAUUUGUCUGGGAACAAGACAUUUUUGUCCCAGAGAGGAGAUGUCGUUUGUAUACUAAGAACAAGUACUUAGUUCCAAAGGUGGUUAACGGCUUUUUAAAUUGGAUUCUAUCCACUCAUUCAAAUCACCAUGAACUUGAAUUAAAAGAGAAAAGUAUUUGAAUAUUUGCAUGUGACUGUGUCUGGGGAGGGGAGAGGCUGCGUGUCAUAGCCCAUCCAGGGUUCCACCUGCAAAGACCUUGACUUGUAAUAAAGACCAUGCCCCGUGGUUGGCCAC